CGCCUACCACCGUUUUAUAAUCCACCCCUCCCACUCCCCCUGUUUUUUCUUCUUCCGCUGUUCUACUCCGGCGUGUUGGUCGACGGCGGCGCAGAUGACGACCCUCGAUCUGAUGGGAGGGUACGGGCGGGUGGACGAGCAGGUGGCCAUCCAGGAGGCCGCCACGGCGGGGCUGCGCGGGAUGGAGCGUCUCAUCUUGCAGCUCUCCCAGGCUGGCACCGGGGAGCGGUCGUUGUCCCCACCGGCGGUACAGGCGCAGCGCCAGCAGCAGAAGCAGCUGGAGCAGAUCCAGCAGCAGGUUGACUGCCGGGAGCUCACGGACAUGACGGUGUCCAAGUUCAAGAAGGUGAUCUCCAUCCUGAACCGCACGGGGCACGCGCGGUUCCGGCGUGGCCCCGUGGCGGCGCGGUCGCAGUCGCAGUCGCAGGGACCUGCCUCCCCCGAGCCCGCGCAAUCGGCGCCGGCUCCCGCCGCGAGGCCCCUGACGCUGGACUUCACCAAGUCGGUGUCCGGUUACAGCAGGGACUCCGGGUUCAGCGUGUCCGGCGCGAGCUCGUCGUUCCUGUCGUCGGUGACGACCGGGGACGGGAGCGUGUCGAACGGGCGCGCGGGAGGCUCGUCGUUCCUCAUGUUCCCACCGGCGCCCGGCGCGGCCAGCUGCGCGAAGCCGCCGCCCGCCGGUGCGGCGCAGAAGCGCAAGUGCCACGACCACGCGCACUCGGAGAACGUCGCCGGCGGCAAGUACGGGGCUAACGGCGGGCGCUGCCACUGCUCGAAGCGCAGGAAGCACCGUGUGAAGCGCACGAUCCGCGUGCCGGCGAUCAGCCCCAAAGUGGCGGACAUCCCCGCCGACGAGUACUCGUGGCGCAAGUACGGCCAGAAACCCAUCAAGGGGUCGCCCUACCCACGCGGCUACUACAAGUGCAGCACGGUGCGCGGCUGCCCCGCCCGGAAGCAUGUGGAGCGCGACCCCGCCGACCCGUCGAUGCUGAUCGUCACCUACGAGGGCGAGCACCGCCACAGCCCCGCCUCCGGCCAGGACCCGCCGCCGCCGUCGCUCGCGCCGCUGCCGGAGCUGCCCAGCCAUUGAUUUGGCUUCCUGCCUGCUCUGUCCUGUCAAUUACUAGUAGCUGUUGUCAUAAGUUAUAAAAUCAAAAUCGCCAGUUCAGUUUUAGCAGCUCCGUUUUCCGAUUUUUUUCUCUUCUGUCGUUCGCGUUAGCAGCUUUGUGAAAGGAUUAGGAAAGUGUUAGCAUCAGACUUGGAGAAGGGAAAAGAAAACAAAAGGUAAUGCUCUUGUUAUUAGUAUUAUUUUUUUGUAUACAGCAAACAAAAGCAUCCGCAGAGAAAGUUGUGGAUGGUGUAGUCGGUCGGAAUUUUGACCGGGCUUGGGGUGUUCCAGAGCCGGAUUG